AUGAAACAAAAACAAGCUAAUGAGACACAGAGCCCUGAGGCUAAGGAAAAGAGAAGAGUUUAUGCAAAGGAAUAUAGGAAACGUAAACAGGCCAGUGAGAGUUCCCAGCCCUCGACACUGGGCAUUGAGGCUAAGCAAAAGAAAAGACUGUAUGCAAAGGAAUAUAGGAAACGUAAACAGGUCAUUGAGAGUUCCAAGCCCUCAACACUGAGCACUGAGGCUAAGCAAAAGAAAAGACUGUAUGCAAAGGAAUAUAGGAAAU